UUAAUCUUCCGGUGGCCGAUGCUGCCCAUGUUUUGUUUUUUCUUUUCAGUUUAGUUUCAUUUUCCCCUCUUUUUCCCAACUUCUUUAUCUUUGCGGUCAUGUCUCGGGGGUCUAGUGCAGGCUUUGACCGGCACAUCACCAUCUUCUCCCCGGAGGGAAGACUCUACCAAGUCGAGUAUGCCUUCAAAGCCAUCAACCAGGGAGGACAGACUUCUGUAGCGAUUCGUGGGAAGGACUGUGUCGUGGUGGUCACUCAGAAAAAAAUUCCCGACAAACUGUUGGAUGCCACGACCGUCACAAAUAUGUUCAGAAUCACAGACAACAUCGGCUGCGUUAUGACCGGCAUGACAGCUGACAGCAGGUCUCAAGUGCAGAGAGCUCGCUACGAAGCAGCAAACUGGAUGUACAAGUACGGCUACGAGAUCCCUGUAGACAUGCUGUGCAAACGCAUGGCCGACAUCUCCCAAGUCUACACACAAAAUGCCGAGAUGAGGCCACUCGGCUGCUGUAUGAUUGUGGUUGGAGUGGACGAGGAGCUGGGCCCACAGCUGUAUAAAUGUGAUCCAGCCGGUUACUACUGCGGCUUUAAGGCCACAGCAGCUGGAGUCAAACAGACCGAGGCCACUAGUUUUCUUGAGAAGAAAAUCAAGAAGAAACUGGACUGGACCUUCGAGCAAACAAUAGAGAUGGCCAUUUCAUGUCUGUCCACUGUUCUGUCCAUUGACUUCAAGCCCUCUGAGCUGGAGGUGGGAGUUGUUACUACACAGGAACCUACAUUUAAGAUUCUGUCAGAGUCUGAGAUUGACGCUCACCUGGUGGUUUUGUCUGAAAGAGAGUGAGAAAACUGUUGGAUGAGAAGAAGGAUGAAAGGUAAAACCAGAAGCAUGUGUCACACUGAACUUCAACCAGGAUUAUAAAGAUUGGGACAAGAUCCAAACGACAUGGACAUUUUACUGCAGAAGGUUGGAGUCUGUCUACUGCCUGCACGGCCACUUAACACUCUCCAUAUUCCCAGGUCGUAAUCUGAACCAGACUUGCUUUUUUUUUUACACUGAUCCAACAUGAAUGGAGCCAGCUGCAGAACAUCGCAGACCUUUAAAACGAACCUGGACAUUCAGAUCUGUACAGAUGACACGUCAGCUCACUAGUUUGUGGCUGACGUGUCAGACAGUUACCGACUUUCAGUGUAACCAGUUGAUGAGUGAGCAGAGCUCACUGCAGUUCCCAACCUCUCAGAUUUAAACUCGGUGGUCUUCUGUUUUUACUCAGGUCAGCUGUGGAAGUUUUUCCACAGCGUCACACCUCCGUCGAACUCUGCUCAGGUCUACGUCACUCAUUACUCCCUUCUGCCCCUCUGCUGUUUACACCUCCAUUAAACACGCGUUUGAAUUUUACUCUGAAGUCUUGAUGGUUUUUUAAUUUAUAUUUUGCCUAAUAUUCAGACUUGACGUUAAUUUAUGUCUGUCUUAGUGGAAACGUUCAAAAAUCUGAGUGAGUGUUGCCGCAGUGACUCGUUCAUUUGUAGCACCAUCAUAUUUACAAAAUGAGCCACUUGUAUGAAAGGGGCUUUUCACUCAUUUAAAACUUUAAACACCUGGCUUAUAAAUCAAAUACAUCUCUGCAACAGUGAUUGUGUGUUUAUAUUGUAGCUAUUUUGGAUAGCAUGUGUUUUUAAAAUCAAUUUGACUGCCAAUUUUGGUUAAAGAAAAAAAGCACUUGAGUUCACUGUUUAGCUUCUUGCAGCCAAAGCUGACGUGCAAAUAUGAAAAUAGGUGAGAACGUUGGCUUUCCUUAGCUCAUUCUGCUCAACAUGUUUUAUAUUUUUUGCUUGUAUCUCAAUGAAAGCUGUUAAAAUCUUUAAAGAUACCAUGAAGAAACAAAAAAAAGCUAAGGAGGAAACCAGCUGUAAUGUUGGGUGAUCUGAUUAAAAUUGGCAUUAAAAUGUCUCCAAAUGUU